AUGAAGCAUAAUUUUGACAACAAAGACUCUGAGCUGGACAAGACCAGUGACAACAAAGACAUUGAGCUGGACAAGACCAGCGACAACAAAUACUCUGAGCUGGACAAGACCAGUGACAACAAAGACAUUGAGCUGGACAAGACCAGUGACAACAAAGACAUUGAGCUGGACAAGACCAGCGACAACAAAUACUCUGAGCUGGACAAGACCAGCGACAACAAAGACAUUGAGCUGGACAAGACCAGCGACAACAAAGACUCUGAGCUGGACAAGACCAGCGACAACAAAGACACUGAGCUAGACAAGACCAGCUACAACAAAGACACUGAGUGGACAAGGCCAGCGACAACUAAAACAUUGAGCUGGACAAGGCCAGCGACAACAAAGAGUCUGAGCUGGUCAAGACCAGCCAGUGACAACAAAGACUCUGAGCUGGACAAGACCAGCGACAACAAAGACAUUAAGCUGGACAAGACCAGCGACAACAAGGACUCUGAGCUGGACAAGACCAGCGGCAACAAAGACUCUGAGCUGGACAAGACCAGCGACAACAAAGACAUUAAGCUGGACAAGACCAGCGACAACAAGGACUCUGAGCUGGACAAGACCAGCGGCAACAAAGACUCUGAGCUGGACAAGACCAGCGACAACAAAGACAUUAAGCUGGACAAGACCAACUCUGAGCUGGACAAGACCAGCGACAACAAAGACAUUAAGCUGGACAAGACCAGCGACAACAAGGACUCUGAGCUGGACAAGACCAGCGGCAACAAAGACUCUGAGCUGGACAAGACCAGCGACAACAAAGACAUUAAGCUGGACAAGACCAGCGACAACAAGGACUCUGAGCUGGAAAAGACCAGCGGCAACAAAGACUCUGAGCUGGACAAGACCAGCGACAACAAAGACAUUAAGCUGGACAAGACCAGCGACAACAAAGACUUUUGA